AUGAUGGAAUCAAUGUUGCCAAUGCUCGUCCGGGGUCUUCAGAUCCUCUGGGUUCUGCUCGUUACAGCAUUGAUCGGCAAUGUCAUUGCCCUCAACAUCAACAGCGCCGGCUCCGCCAUGGCUGCUAUUAACUUCUCCAUGUUUGUCGCGGUCGUCUGCUGGCUGGCCUCUCUCUACGGCUUGGCCGCCUCCUUCAUCUCGGCCAUUGCUAUCCCCAUCGUGCUGCUAGCCCUCGACGGUGCCGCCGUUCUCUUCACCUUCAUCGACGCCAUCGUCUUGUCAGCCAAGCUCCGUGCCGUCAACUGCGGAUCGCUGAACAGGAGUGACUUGCCGAGCGACUACAUUGUCUGGGGUUCCGGUGACGAUGAGAAGCGCUGCCGCGAGAUUCAGGCCAGCACAGUCUUCAUGUGGUUCCUGUUCGCCAGCUUCUGCGCUGGCGGGUUCUUCACCUUCAUGAACUUCCGUCGCGGAGGCGGCUCCGUCCGCAGCUCCAGGCCCAGCAUGGCGCAGGUUGGCGUCUAA